AUGGAGCUGUGGGCGGACCAGCCUGGGGUGCAGUUCUACACGGCCAACGGGCUGAGCGGCGUGAGGGGAAAGGGCGGCAAGGUCUACGGCCGGUACGGCGCGCUCUGCCUGGAGACGCAGGGGUUCCCCGACGCCGUGAACCGCCCGAGUUUCCCGUCGCAGAUCGUCCGGCCGGGGAAGGUGUACAGGCAUGACAUGGUGUUCAAGUUCUCCUUCUAG